AAACUACAUAUACUACACCAUCUACACAUACUACAGCAACUACAGGAACUACACUAACUACAUUUACUACAUCAACUACACAUACUACACCAACUACAUAUACUACACCAACUACACUAACUACACACACUACACUAACUACACUAACUACACCAACUACAUAUACCACACCAACUACACAUAUACUACACCAACUACAGCUACUACACAUACUACACCAACUACAGUAACUACACCAAUUACACUAACUACACCAACUACAGCAACUACACCAACCUACACCAAACUACACCUAGUACACCAAACUACACCAAAUUACACCUACUACACCAAACUACACCAACUACAUAAAACUACACCAACCUACACCAAACUACACCUACUACACCAAACUACACCAACUACAUAUACUACACCAACUACAUAUACUACACCAACUACACAUACUACACCAACUACAUAAACUACACCAACUACACUAACUACACCAACUACACAUACUACACCAACUUCAGUAACUACACCAACUACACUAACUACACCAACUACACAUACUAUACCAACUACACNCUACACCAAAUUACACCUACUACACCAAACUACACCAACUACAUAAAACUACACCAACCUACACCAAACUACACCUACUACACCAAACUACACCAACUACAUAUACUACACCAACUACAUAUACUACACCAACUACACAUACUACACCAACUACAUAAACUACACCAACUACACUAACUACACCAACUACACAUACUACACCAACUUCAGUAACUACACCAACUACACUAACUACACCAACUACACAUACUAUACCAACUACACUAACUACACCAACUACACAUACUACACCAACUACACAUACUACACCAACUACACUAACUACACCAACUAGACUAACUACGCCAACUGCACUAACUACACCAACUACACAAACUACACCAACUACACUAACUACACCAGCUAUAGCAACGACACCAACUACUCUAACUACACCAACUACACCAAACAUUAACUUUCUCAUAGUGGGCAAAGUGGUCAUGGAAUGUCCCUAUAUUCGUGACGGUUAUCAUGAACCCAUUACCAACUGACCGUUGCCGUCCUGAUGCUAAAUCAGCCUACUGACUCUCUAGCUGGCGCUGCCUCUCUUAAGUCCAUAAAGUCUUAGUCUAGUGGUCGUGGAAGGAAACACCGUGGAUGAGAUGGGAGGACAGCACACAUGUCCUCUUUACAUAUGUUAACAUAUUAAGAGUAAGGAUGGGCGUCAGCAUACAAAGGCACCACUGGCAGUUGCUAUCAGCUAUGAGCUAAUUGUAAACCACCCAGCCCAUGACAUGAAUGAUCUAAUCUACACCCCCAUCGAAAUGUUUCUCACUCUUUUCAAACACUAGUGUUAGAAAUUUUUUUGCGUGCCCUUCGAUUUGGCUAAUCAACGAAGGACGAAGGACCAAGGAGACAAGGACAACGGCUUAACGUCACCGCCCAAUGACGCGAUCAUCUUAACUGAGACAAGAUCUCAAAUCACAGCCAGCAUGAUCUUACCAGUUUUUUUAAGACCCUGGUUGUUGGUCCGGCCAGGUAGAUUUGAAGCCCCGUCCUCCCGCUCGGUAGACCGGCGCUCUCCCAACUGAACUAAGAGGAUCACAUUCACUUUCAUAUCAUCAUCCGCAGCUUACAUACCUGUAAUAUACAUAAAUGAUUAGUUUCAUUUAUUCUAAGUUUCUUCUGUAUUCCUUCUACUCAUAUUCUUGUUUGCGUCACCUACUCACCAACUAUUUAGGUGUCCCAAACGCUGCACAAUUAACCUAAAAUUGAAAAUUUUCUUUUCCUUCACAAGCUUUUAUUUUUUACAUUGAAAAGCACUGAUUUGUAUUAAUUAAUAUUCUGUGUGAGUUUAAACAAUAAUUGAUUUGGCUUGACUAAGUCAAAAGAAGGAUAUUGUUUUGUACAAGAAAAAAUUCCUUUUUAAUUCAAGUUUCUCCUUUCUCCUCUCUUUCUCAAUUGCAGCAAAGUUUCACGGCCCGACAGCUAAAGAAUCUGCUUUGACAAGAGCUUCUCUUCACGAUAAAGACCUACUGAUGACAUCUGACGGUAGGUUUGUCAUUAAUAAUAAAUAUAGCUGAUUUAGAGUGAAAUUUUAUUUGUGACAAGAAAUGAUCGAGAGAAAAAUCAAAUUGCCUUGCACUGGUAUAAUUGCCGAAGGAAAUCAUCAAAGGAAGAUCCACAGUACAUUUUCUCUCUACAUUUUACUAUAAUCAGACAUCAUACUUUCCUGCGGUAGAUAGUUUUUCAGACAGACAAUGCUUUGACAGAGAAUUGACAAAUAAUAAUAAUAAUAACAAUAACAAUAACAAUCAUAAUAAUAAUAAUAAUACUUUAAUUAUCCUCUCCCCUUGUGGGAACAAAUUAAAUGAAACAUAACAUUGUUAAAAAUCCCAACCGGUAGAGGGCAAACAAGCUGGCUAUUUACAAACGUGGCUGAGGAUUUGAACUCGGGACUGCCAAGAACAAAUCCAGUUAGCGGUCAGGGCGGGAAUUGAACUCAGGGCCUCCGAUUUACAAGUCCAGCGCCCUAACUACUCGACCAUGCCACUCGACCACGCCGUCUCAGACAAAAUGUAGUGGUACGAAUAGUUUAUUUGCAGCGACUGAGACCGUUGAAAUGAAAACCGCUAAGUAAAUAACGAGGAGUCCAACGCGCGCGUGAACGUUCGUCGAAAUGUGCUCUUUUUUAUCCAGUGUUCAAAUGUAUUUUAUUUUAAACGUGGGUGAAAUUAUAUGCCUCAUUUCUGUUUUCCCUCAUUAGUCAAUCCAGGUAAACUUGUCGAACUUAUCAGACGAGACUACAAAGGCGCGGUUCUGUGUCCCUUUCCAUGGUGUGAAGAUGAACUACAGCUGAAGCUAUCGAACAUCUUUACAAGACUACAGAUAGUUAGUAGAAAAAAGGAACGUUCACAACUUACGGGUCAAGCCGUCAAUAUGACGGAAGUAUUUAAGUCACAUCCAGAAUGUAGCAAUCCAAGAGUGGUGCUGAUCGAGGGGAAUCCUGGGAUGGGCAAAACCACUUAUUGUCAAAAGCUGGCUCAUGAUUGGUCCGUGGGGGAAAUUCCACCUGAUGCUUCGUUUCCGGACGUGAAUAUAUUGCUGCUGUUGAAAUGCCGUGACAUGCACAUGAAAACCGCUAACAUCGAGGAAGCUAUUGAUGAUCAGCUUAUACCGCAUGAUGCAAACAAGAAGGAAAAGGAAGACUUGUUCCACUUUAUUCGCACUAAUCAGUCCAGAAUCUUGCUGGUUCUUGAUGGUUUAGACGAACUGCGUGAAGACCUACUGGAGGGUUUUCUGCCUUUGAUUCAAGGCAAAGUCUUUUCCAAUGUGAACCUCAUGUUAACAGCUCGACAUGAAGCAGGGAUGAGAUUAAGGCGUUAUUGUGACACGCUUCUUGAACUUGUUGGUUACUUAGAAGAUGACGUCGAAAGUUACAUUAACAAGUAUUUCAGCAGUCAUGAGGAUCAAAGCCUUGCUGACAAAAUGAUAAAACAUUUAAGACGCGACAAACAACUCGCACAAUUAACGGCGAACCCCCUUAAUACAGCUUUGUUGUGUCUUCUCUGUGAAGAAACAAGAGGAGUGUUUCCUUCAAAAAGAACCAUGAUGUACGAUGAGCUUGUGUCUUGCGCUCUCAGAAGGUAUUUUGCAAAAAGGGGUAUUUCUUUGGGUGACCAAGAUCCGAUGGAGCGAUGUGCAAGUGAGCUGAAUCAGUUGGGGAAGAUGGCAUUGGAUGCUUUGCUUAAGAAUCAGUUAUAUUUCAUUCAAGAUGAGGUGAAAUCCCGUUUCGCUAAUACAGAUUUCCUACGGUUGCCGUUUCUUUCCCGUGAGCCAAGUGUGAGCAAAGUCAGACCAACACCGACCUACGCAUUUACUCACAAAACAUUUCAAGAAUACUUUGCGGCGUUUUUCUUGGCCCAUCAGCUGUUGUCUGGUGACAAAGGGAAAGAGAGAUUGUUGGAUGAACUCAGUCCUAUUGAUAAUUGGCAGGUGUGGGAAUUUCUCAUCACAAUAGUGUUAAGCAAGAGUGUUAAAGCGGCAGUAACUGUUGUCUCUCGCCUUUGUGCUUUCUUUUGUCACAAGAGGCCUUUAAGUUUAAUGGACGUGAAUCGCGACGAUGCUGAUUUGGAUCGACGCGAAAUCUUCAAGGACAGUCCGUAUGACUGGGCUAAGUAUUUGAGAAAAAUGAACAAGGAUGAAGGAACGCUAUGCAACGUCCUCAAAAAAACCCUUGAUCUUAUUGCUGAGUGCGAAGAUGGUGAUGAUGAAUUGAAGGAUUACCAAAAGGAAGUUGUGCGUGUGCUUGCCCGCUGCUUUCCAAUUAAAAAAUUGGAUCUUACACUAAGUGCUAGCACAACUUGCUCCGUGUACUCUGAGUAUCUAAGACUGAAUUACAGUUUGACAGAUUUGACUUUGCAUAGUGCGUUUGACCUGAUCCUGUUAAAAACAAUUGAACAUGUUUUUCAUUCUAAGCAAAAUUUGGUGCAUUUUACGUUUCUAAACUCGACAUGGGUUUUUGAUUCUUUUAUUAGUGUAUUAUUUGCUUCUUCUGAACAAGAAAAGGCUUUCUCAAAUCUGAGUAAACGUCUUCAGUGGAACCAGUUGGUCGGUACCAAAGCACUGCUCUCAGAGGUCCUUCAGUCAGGUCGUGUUUUAACACAUCUGAAUCUAGACAGAGUCUGGAUCUGCGAUGGAGGAGCUCAAGUACUCGCGGAUUUCCUUCAAAUAAAUCAAGCUUUGACACAUCUUAAUCUACGUCACGCCAUGAUCUAUGACGUUGGAGCCAUUUUACUCAGUGACGCUCUUCAGUCGAACAGCAAAUUGACACAUUUGAGUCUUCCAGAAAAUUGGAUCAGUGUUGCUGGAGCCUUUGCUCUAGCGGCAACUCUGAAGUUUAAUUCUGUGCUAACAUAUUUAGAUUUGAGUCAAAAUCUUGGCGGCGAUUCAUUUGCCGUGGCGCUGUCGAAAGCUUUGGAAUCUAACUGUACCUUAAAGUACUUGAAUCUGUGUCAAUGGUUUGACUGCAUUGAAAAAAAUACACCUUUCCCGGAAUCUGCUAACGUGCAUGUUGAAAUGAUUGGACCUGAAGGAGGAUCAGCCCUUGCAAAAGCUCUUCGAUUCAACUGUACAUUGACUUAUUUAGAUCUUCAGUAUAAUAACAUCGGCGACUCUGGAGCAGCAGCACUUGGCGAAGCUCUUCGAACAAACACAACUUUGAAGGAAUUAUACCUCAAAGACAACAAAAUAGGGGAAAUAGGAUCAGAAGCCCUCGGAAAGGGGCUACAGUCAAAUCGUACUUUGACCCAUUUGAAUCUAGAAUGUAACCACGAUAUUGGUGAUUCAGGCGCAUCAGCCAUCGCAAAGGCACUACAGUCGAGGGGCAGUAAAUUAACCUGGUUAGAUCUAAGUUUGAACAAAAUCAGCUCCUCGGGUGCCACCUCCAUCUCAGAAGCUCUUUGCGUUAACAGUUCUCUUACACAUUUAGGAUUGGGGAGUAAUAAGAUCAACUCUUCUGGCGCCUCCGCAAUUGCAAAGUCACUGCAAUCAAAUCGUACGUUAAUUCAUCUGGAUCUUGGUGGUAACGAAAUUGGCGAUUCAGGGGCCAAAGAAUUUGCUCACUCUCUUACGAAUCACAACAACACGUUGGGCUUUUUAAACCUU